AUGGUUACGGUCCAAACCGGCACACAUGCAUUCCAUGUGGACCUCAGGAGGCUCUCCGAGUGCAGCGAGUACUUCCGAGCCUUGUCCCAGUCCAGAAUGAGAGAGACUUCAGAGAGCCUCAUCCAUCUGGACCACGUGCCCUCCACCAUCUUCUACAAUCUUCUUGAGUUCUCCUUCUAUAAUACGUUUAAAGUACCUUGGGAGGAGUUGGACACACAUAUCCAGGUCAGUAGCUAUCUCCUGACUGAGGCCUUCCUCGUAAAGUGCCUGUCAGUCCUGGCAGAUAAACUCAGCCCAGGUAACUGUUUGUCCUACCUGAGACUGGCUCAGGAGAUCUGCUGUGUGGAGCUAAGGAUGACAGUGUUCACCUACCUGAGCAGAAACCUGCUGGAAAUGUCUCAUCUCAUCAAGCGUCUGAAUGAUGAAGAGAGGGACGAAGUUGUCCACCUGAGGACACAAGGAGAACGACGUCUCUGCAGCCUCAGGAAAGAGAACCUGACUUCUUGGAAAGACCCAGAAACAGAACGAGCACGACAUGUCUUCACUCUGAAAGGUUCAGAGGACAGCGGAGAUUGGUAUCCAGUGACAGAGCUUCCUUUCAUGGCUGAUAAGUGGUGUUUCACGACAGUGGUCCUGUAUAACUACCUGUACAUUAUAGGAGGUUACCGACAGCGUGUGAAGAGAGGCUGGGAGUUCAAGAUGGCUUCCUUUAGGUAUAAUCCCUUCACUCAUACAUGGGUCGCCACGGCUCCUCUGAUUAAGCACAGACGGCACUUCAGUGCUGUGGCCUGCGGAGGCUGCAUUUACGCCGUGGGAGGCUGGUACUUGGACUCGCUGGUGACUCCGGACUCCAGCACGGCUCUCUAUACAGCUGUGGAAUGCUAUGACCCCUGGGAAGACGCAUGGAGGUUUGUCUCCCCGCUGCCGCUCACUGACUUCCAGUUCACCAUGUCCUUGUCCCAUGACGUGCCCCUUGUCACUAGUCUUGGAUACUCACUGUAUGUGUUGGGGAGCAUCCAGAGGACCGGAGAGAAACUGCUGCUACACUACGACACAAGACAAGACUCCUGGUCUGAGCUGCUUCCCACUCUUACCAGAGCAGAUGCAGACCUCCCUGCGCUUUACUUCCUGGGUGCCACUGACAGGCUGCUUGUGAUUGGUGGGAACAACUCAGAGAAUGUGGUGACAUCAUUCUGCUUGCAGUCCCAAAGAUGGGGACUGGUGCACAGGGCUGAGAAAGUGGCAUUUGCAGGACAGGGGACAGUUAUUGGUGACCAGGUCCUGAUGCCAAGUAUAGAGCACAACACUGUUGCAAGGAUGGAUCUGCAAACUCUAUCCCUCAGUGCUCUUCCUCCUCUGCCCAUCUCCACCCGCUAUGAAGCUAUCUUUUAUCUUCACUUUUAAUGUCGUAGUCAGCUUCUUUGCCUUUCUGUUCAUGUUUUGAGUUUGUUUCUGCAGCUGAAUGUAAUAGUGCUAAAGUCUUUCUCAAACAUAAGGAGAUAAACUCCCCAGGUGGAUUAGCAAUGGUGGAUUAUCACUGUCUCUGUUUACAAUCCUCAGUCCUUCAUUUUGAAGUUUGUUUUGAAGGGCAGACUACAAUUAGACUUAAACCUAAAGCACUGAGUAACU